AUGAGCAAAUCUCCAUUAAGGACUCAAUCUCAUUCUACAGCAACUUUCAUUCAAGAUGAAUAGAAAUAUUCAACUUCCAAACACAAUAGUAUUCAUCCAACUCUUUAACCUUAAAUUUAUAACUAAUAUGAAGAAUUGAGAAUAUUCAAAUCAAAAUGUUAGGAAUAAGACAAAAUUAUUGAAAGUCAAUAUUUACAAAUUAAUGAAAUGAAGUAUUAAUAUCAUCUUUUAUAUAGGCAAUUCAUUUCCGAUUGUUAAAUCAGUUUGAUUCAUUUUAAAUAAUAAUUAGAAGAUUAAUUGUCAAUUAAAGAAAACUAUGAUAAAGAACUUAGACAACUAAAUUAAUUGGUAGCUUCAUUAAAAUCAGAAAACUAACAAUUAAUGUUAUUGUAUAAUGACAAGAAAAAAGAAUUAGAUGAACUUACUUCCAAUAAUUAACUUAUUAUUAAUGACUUUAACAAACAAUUUGAAAACACACUCAAGGCUCGCAUUGAAAAUGAUAUCAAAGAGAUCCACAAUAAAUACCUAAGGGUAUGAGUCUUAGUCAAGCCUAUAGGAAAUCCAACUGUUAAAGGCAAAACUCUAUGAAUAAGAAAAACUAGCUCAAAAUUAAGAAGUCAUUCGAUUAUUGUAAAAGAAAUGCGAAGAAUUAUUACAAGGAAUUGACUAAAAAAAUAAUUAUAUAGAUGAUUUACUUCUUAAAUAUGGUGAAUUGGAUGAAAGAUAUGAAACACUUAAAAAGUAAAUGUCAUUAAAGCUUUAUGAAGAAGAUAUUUUAGAUGAUAUAUCGAAAUCUAAAUUUAAAAAAAGUUGA